CUUAUAUCAACUAUUCACAAUGGUGACUAAAACUCCAUUUGUACUCAAUAUGUCAAAAUUGACUUUUUGUUUUCAUUUGUUUAUGAUAAAAAAUUAAAAUAUCCAUUAUGUGUUUUUAUUUAUGUAAAGUCAUUUGAAAAAGGGAUUGUUGUUAUAAAAAUUGAUUUGUCUUUUUUUUUUUUAUUAAUUUGAAGUUCGGAAUUAAAAAAAAUUGGAAAUGCCUACAAUUCGUCGACGUCGUGGAUCCUAUGGGAGCAUUCACGAUUCAGGAAGUGAGGGUGGCAGGGACGACGUGGAUAGCCUUAGCUAUGAGUUUCAAGAUGGAGAAUUUUUUUAUGGUUCUGAACAAAAAUUACCAUGGAAAACGAUCUUUUUUGUGAUGUUUUUUCUAAUUGUUGGAACGGUUUGUUUGACGACAGCAGGACUGAUUUUCACAGAAGUUAUAGACCAAACAUAUGUUGAUCGUGCCUCUCCGUUGCUUAUUCUUGGUUCUCUGAUGAUUAUACCGGGCGGUUACUAUGGCUACAUAUUGUUGUCAAUCUUGGCAAAGCGUGAAGGAUUUUCAUGGGAUGAUAUCCCGGAAAUUUGAAACCAAAGGAAAGGUGCCAAUUCUUACAAAAUAGAAACAUUUAUAAAAUUUGGCACUAACUUAUUUGAAAUAUAGUUGAAAUUAUUAGAUCAUGGCUAUAGUUGAAAAUAGAAGACACUAUAUGUACACCACUGUCAAAAACUGUUGCAGACUAAUGCUGAAUGUUAAAGCAUUUAUAUAAACUGACUGAUAAUUAACUCGACUCUAAUACUUAAGUGAUUUUUAUUUGAGACUUGAUUAUUAUUAAUAUAAAAACAAUUAAUAUUUCUAAUAUAUGUGAAUAUAUUUUGAAAUACCUUAUAUGGAAAUACUUACUGUAAUGAUAAAUAUGACUGAGAUGUAUACAUAAUAAACAAAUAUGAAUAACAAAGAAAUUCUUACAAGAACUCUAA